AUGAAACAAAGAGCCAAUCGUCGUCGUUCGGUUGUCCGACCCUCUCCUGUUGUUGCUGCGACUGUCUCUCCUCCUCCGAAGAUGGUUGUCCCUUCUUCUGUGGAUGCAUCUGAGCCAUCUGCAGUCGCUACAUCGCCUAAUUGGGUUGUGUCCCCUAAUUCUGAUCCUAGUUUGGCUAUGGCCGUCGUUCUGGUUCUACCUACCGUCGCUGAGAUGUCUCCAUCUCCUCCGUCGACGUCCCUUCCCGAGGUGGUGACUGCGUCUUCUCCCCCAGUCAGUCCUACGGUUGGUGUGGUCAAUGCCCAUCCCCCUUGUUCAGUUGGUAAGACUUCUCCACCCAUCUUUGCAUCUUCCUCUAAACGUGUUACUCGUUCUUCUGUAGUGUCUGAGUCUCCACCUGGUGAGUCCUCUCCAUUGCCGAACCCAAACCCACCAUCUCCUUCUCCUCCCAAGUCGCCUUCUAUGUCUAAGCACUCCUCACCCAAAACUCCCAAGACACGGUCUGCCUUCAAGUCCAAACCCAAACCCAAACCCCAUGUUCCUGCACAAUCCAAAGGAAAGGGUAAACUUCCUGUUUCAUCACCUCCCAAAAAAUCAUCGGCUCCAAAACGUAAGCCCAAGGACACUCAGUUUGUACCCUCUCCUAAAAAAUCCAAGCGUGCCUCUAGCCCUACGGAUUCUGUGUCUUUUGUUGAUCCAUCCUCUAUUCAAUACUUUGUUGAUGCUACCAAGGCCUCGCAUUAUCAAAGAUGGUUUGUAGUGAGAGACUUGUGGCCUGAAUAUUCUGUUGUUUUGGAGGAUUUUCCUGAUUUAGUUGCUCUUUUACAGUGUAGGCAUUGGGUUAAUACAGUGUCCAAAUUGGUGUCUCCUCAUCCCAUUCUCAUUGGGGAGUUUUAUGCUAAUUUAGAUAGGUCUGUUUUAGAUGGGAAAAAUGAGGAUUGUCUUAUUGCUUUUGUAAGGGGUAGUCGUAUAAAAUUUGCACCAUCCACUAUAGCUCGUGCACUCAAGGUUCCAAAAGUACUUAAACCUGCCUAUAAUAAGUCCUACAGUCCAGAUCAAUCUACCAUGGGUCAAGUUCUAACUGGCCUGCCUGAUUAUGUUUGGGGGAAUCAUGAUAUUCCUAUAACAAAGUUGACUCUUUUCUAUCGGGUUCUUCAUCGAGUGGCCUUGUAUAAUUGGUUUCCCAAUUCUCACCUCUCAUCUGUUACUCUUGAGAUUGGGAAGUUUUUAUAUGCUGUGGGUACUGGAGUGUCUAUUGAUCUGUCUACUCUCAUCUAUGAUCGAAUUUUUUAUGUGGCUUCCUCUACUGGUACUCGUAACAAGCUGCCUUAUCCAAGUCUGAUUCAGAAGAUUAUUCAGCCUGCCAAACCGUCGUUGACCACUCAUGACUUCCAGGUUGCCAAUCCUAUUUUGUCUAAAAGUUUUCUGGCAAUUCUCAACAAGAAGGUUUCUUCCACUGCUCCUUCCUCUUUGAAGCCGUCUAAGCUCAAAGCUCCUUUGUUUAAAGGUUUGUCUGAUUCUAGUUGGCAAGUACAGUUGUAUACCGAGUUCAAGGCCUUCACUAAGCGUUACAAGAAGGAUCAGAAGCGACAAUUGGCCUUUGAAGCAUCUAUGUACAAGCUUGUUCAGGUUGUCAAAACUCUGGUUGUUCAGUCUGAGUAUGGCUCUCAGUUAUCACCUUCGAUUGAUGUCUCUCCUCCUGCAUUUCAUCGGGACUCCUUUGGCGAGUCUUCUGUGGCUCCUGAGUCUUCUGUUCCUAUUCAGAGGGAGUCCUUUAUUCCUACUCAGGUUUCAUCUCAGGUGCCUCCAGUCUCAUCUAUAGUGCCUCCUGCUAACACAAAGUUGGACACAUUAGUUCCACCAACGCUUCCUGAUGUCCUUCCUCAAGCUCCUGAUUCAACUGCACCUCUCCAGGGGGAGCCAUCUGAUGCAGCUGUCAACUGA